AUGGGUGCCUGGCCUCGUACACGAGCUUAUGCUCGCUCCAACUGGGUUGAACUCAACUCACGGAGUUGCGAAACAAAAAGGCAACAGAAUGAGCCUAAGCAGCGACCGAGCAUUAAUGCCCACUGGAACGGCACCGCUGGACACCUACGGCCGAGCCGCGACAAGAUACACCUCUAUCGUACCCUUUCGAAGAAGUCGAAGAGGUAG